AUGAAUGAGGUAACCCUAAAUUGCAGUAGAGGUCAUUUCAUACAUGUAAAUUCUGCAACAUUUGGUCGUCACGAAAAUGGAAGUGUAUAUUGCGAUCAUACAUCUAAAGUCACUGAUAAUACAACUUGUGGUGACUGGGAUAAUGCACUGAACGUUACUGCUGACAAAUGCAAUUGUCGACAAAGGUGUUCUCUGCUCGCAAACUCAAAUAUUUUGCUUGGUGGUUAUAAUCCCUGUGAAGGUACCCACAAGUACUUGGAAAUUGAUUACGAAUGCAUUCAAGUAUUAGUAUGUCCUGGUGAUGUGAAUGUGUGUAAUGAUGUCGGUCAUGAUACCGCCAACGUUACUUGGGAGCCAGCCAAUGUUACUGACUGUUGUGAAAAUGCUGUUGCGGAUGCAAACUAUAUCAAUGGAUAUUCCUUUGAAAUUGGUACUAGUGUGGUGGAGUACUCAUCAAGUGACUGUGGCAAUCUCACGACUACCUGUCAGUUCAGUGUGGUUGUCAGAGAUUGUGACGCCCCUAAUUUGUCUUGCCCGGAUAAUUUGGCUCCACUUGAAGUUGAUGAUAACUGUCAGGCAAAUGCUACUUGGGAUGAGGUAAUGGCAGACGGCACCUACGACAGUCUUGUAAAUGUUGACUGUGAUUUGAGCCCUAGUACUUUUCCUUUAGGAAAUUACACUGUGCAGUGCAAUGCUUCAGACUUGGCAGGCAAUACAGGCAACUGUUCUUUCAUUUUCCAUAUUCUUGAUUUGACUCCUCCAGCAUUGGUAUGCCCAGACGAUAUUACCGUUCCUAAUAAUGUAGGUAAUAAUACAGCAGAGGUGACAUGGAACCUUGCGGUUGCCACUGAUAACUGCUGUGGAGAAAACAUCGAUGUGUUGCCUGAUAUUAUGAAUGGUAGUACUUUUGACACUGGAAUUACUAAUGUUACACUUACAGCAGUAGACUGCAAUGGAAACCAGAAUGAAUGUGUCUUCAGAAUUGAGGUUAAAGACAGUGAACCACCAGAUCUUGAAUGUCCACCAAGCCAAAAUCUAGUAGGUGAUAAUGAUUGUAUGGCAUCGCCCACUUGGACACAACCUAUUGUUACGGACAACUCUGGGGAGAUAAUUCUACCAGUAUGUGACUAUAGAAAUGGGAGCACAUUUUCUGAAAUGAACACUACUGUAACAUGUAAUGCUACUGAUAAUUACGGCAACAUUGGGUUCUGUACAUUCAACAUUAUCAUUAUAGACAGUGAACCACCAGAUCUUGAAUGUCCACCAAGCCAAAAUGUAGUAGGUGAUAAUGAUUGUAUGGCAUCGCCCACUUGGACACAACCUACUGUUACGGACAACUCUGGGGAGAUUAUUCUACCGGUAUGUGAUUAUAGAAAUGGGAGCACAUUUUCUGAAAUGAAUACUGUUGUAACAUGUAAUGCUACUGAUGAUUACGGCAACAUUGGGUACUGUAUAUUCAACAUUAUCAUUAUAGAUGAGGUUGCUCCUAUACUGGAUUGUCCAGAUAACGUAAUGAUGUGCACUGACUCUGGCGUAGCUUCAGUGAAUGCCUAUUGGUAUCCAGCUAACGCAACUGACACCUGUUGUUGUGAUACUGAGGCAAAUGCUAACUACACAAGUGGAGAUGAAUUUACAGUCGGCGAAACCAUCGUAGGAUAUUCAGCAACCGAUUCUAAUGGGAACACUGGAUAUUGUCAGUUCGUUGUUACAGUAACUGACUGUGAACCCCCGGUUGUGACAUGUCCACAAGAUCAGAAUCUGGAUGGUGGUGAAUCAUGUACCGCUACUGCCAACUGGGAUUCCCUAGAUGUGAGUGACAACUAUAAAGAUGAUCUUAUUGCUGUUUGUGAUUAUACAAAUGGUUCCGUAUUUCUUGAAGAGAGCACAAAUGUGACUUGCAAUGCUACUGAUAAGUUUGGUAACACAGGGAGUUGUUCGUUUACUAUUUACAUUAUUACUAUUGAUCUCUGUCAAAACUUAAGCUGCAAAAAUGGGGGAACGUGUGUUCCUUAUUUUGAUAACUGUACCGCAUCAUGCACAUGCAGACCAUGUUUCAGUGGAGAUUUAUGUGAAGAAACCAUAGAUAUAUGUAGCAAUGUCACAUGCCAGAACGGUGGUUCGUGUAUUCCUAAUCUCGACACAUGUACAACAUCAUGUACAGGCUACAGGUGUGGAACAAACACGAUUUUCCAGUACCCUUGUUCAUCUUUACUGCAAGAGAAAGGUUGUCAGUUAUAG